UAUCCGACACACGGCCGUUGCGCCCCAAGGUAGGUCCCCCCCCCAACUCCCACCCCCACGCGGAGGCUGGCGACACGGCAGGGACCCAUACAUUCCGUAUAUAGCGAUCUUCCGGAGUCGGGCGAUCAGACAGCUGCGAUGAAUGGACGGAUGCAGGUCUUCUUCUUAGCGGCGGCAAUGUGGGCGGCCCUGACGGCGGUGUCCGACUCAUCCAGCCUUCGGGGCGUCGGCGACGACUGCCUCGCCUGCAUGUGCUGGGCCUCAAGCAACUGUUCCAUGCCAACGCCGGUGUGCAAGAUGAAUGGCUGGGGUGAGGUGUGCGGCCCCUGGGCCAUCACUGAGCCGUACUGGGUCGACGGAGGGCGCCUCUUCAACAACUUUUACAAAUGCGUAGAAGAUUGGAAAUGUAACGAAGACACUGUACGUAAUUACCUGGAUCGUUACGUCACGGAUUCUGACGCAAAGUGCCAGGACUACGCGCGCACACACGCCGGCGGGCCCCUCGGCGCCUGGAACGACGGCACACUCCCGUACUGGUACUCGGUGAAGGACUGCCUUGAUUACGGCAUAUUUACACCGCCAACGGCCUAAGGACAAUUGUGGUGCAAAAUAACUUGUCUUCUUUCCGGAUGCCCGUUACUGACAUGUGUUCAGACAAAGGACAUUACAGUACACAGUACGUGCUCUUUAGAACAACUUUCAAAGGAACACACACACAUAUAUACAUACCUACAUAUAUGUGUGUGUGUGUGUGUGAGUGAGUGAGUGAGUGAGUGAGCGAGUGAGUGAGUGAGUGAGUGAGUGAGUGAGUGAGUGAGUGAGUGAGUGAGUGAGUGAGUGAGUGAGUGAGUGAGUGUGUGUGUGUGUACGCAUAUAUGUAUAUAUACAUAAAUAUCUAUAUACAUAUGUAUAUAUACAUAAAUAUCUAUAUGCAUAUGUAUAUAUACAUAAAUAUCUAUAUACAUAUGUAUAUAUACAUACAUUUAUAUAUAUAUAUAUAUAUAUAUAUAUAUAUAUAUAUAUAUAUAUAUAUAUAUACACACAUAGAUACAUAUGUAUAUAUAUAUAUAUAUGUAUAUGCAUAUAUACAUCAUACACACGCACACAAACACACACAUAUAUGGGUAUGUGU